GAGUAGUGCAGUGUGCAUCUGGAACUUGUCGCCAUCAUGUUUGGCAGUGUAUGAACAUUAGAUUUUGAAAAUACCAUGUUAAUUCCAUCAUUUGCGUAUCUUUCUUGGUUUUCCAAUGAAACUUUGCUCUGUUAACUGUCAGUAAAUGCGUGUAGCUGUGUCGUAAUGUAUUUGUGUCAACUGUGGUUCAUUUUCAUCGUAUACAUUGUCAAGGCAGAAUAAUCUUGGGAGUAGCAGCAAGGUUAACCCAAGGAGCGGUUGGCUGCUUCCGAGUACGAACGUUCGUUGGCUUGCUAUUCCGAUCACCAUUUCGAUUGACUUAUGAAAAUUGUAUCCUGUUACUGAGCUUUUGCGGUGGCGACUCCUGGUGCUCUCUAGCUAAGGAAGCUAGCCGCAACCCCGCCGAGGAAACUAGAAGGUUGUCGUUUUACGAAGCUAAGAAACCUCAGGACUGGCGGAGAAAGUCUGUUAAAACUGGAGCAGACACCGUCACGCUCCCUACUUUAACACGCUGCUCGGCGUGACCAGCAAACAUGUCUGAGGGCUCCGAGAGCAAGCAGGCCCCGGACACGGUCCAGGAAGCCAAGCCCGAGCCGAUGGCCGCUGCGGCCGCGGUUCAAGGCGUGUCGUCGGUUUCUCCCCCCGUGUCCGUGGUCAGCCAGCCCCCCGUCGCGGCCGCCACGGAAGACGAGGAAGAGGAAAGCGAGGACGAGUCGGAGAUCUUGGAGGAGAGUCCGUGUGGACGCUGGCAGAAGCGCCGAGAAGAGGUGAAUCAACGAAAUGUACCCGGCAUCGAUAACGCCUACUUAGCCAUGGACACAGAGGAGGGAGUUGAGGUGGUGUGGAAUGAAGUCAUGUUCUCAGAAAGGAAAAACUUCAAGUUACAAGAGGAAAAGGUCAAGGCGGUGUUUGACAAUUUGAUCCAGUUGGAGCACUUGAACAUAGUCAAGUUCCACAAGUACUGGGCUGACGUCAAGGAGAACAGAGCCCGGGUCAUUUUCAUCACUGAGUACAUGUCUUCGGGGAGUCUCAAACAGUUUCUGAAAAAGACCAAGAAGAACCAUAAGACCAUGAAUGAAAAGGCUUGGAAGCGCUGGUGCACACAAAUACUGUCUGCUCUCAGCUACUUGCACUCGUGUGAACCUGCCAUAAUUCACGGCAACCUGACGUGCGACACAAUCUUCAUCCAGCACAACGGUCUCAUCAAGAUUGGCUCAGUGGCGCCAGACACUAUUAACAAUCAUGUAAAAACAUGUCGAGAAGAACAGAAGAGCCUUCAUUUCUUCGCUCCGGAAUACGGAGCUGUUGCCAAUGUUACCACUGCGGUGGAUAUCUAUUCCUUUGGAAUGUGCGCCUUAGAGAUGGCAGUGUUAGAAAUCCAGAGUAAUGGAGAUUCGUCAUAUGUUUCUCAAGAAGCCAUAAAUAGUGCCAUUCAGUCCCUCGAGGACCCCUUGCAACGGGAAUUCAUCCAGAAGUGUCUGGAGAUGGACCCAGACAAGCGUCCCACAGCCAGAGAGCUCCUGUUUCACCAGGCCUUGUUCGAGGUGCCCCUGCUCAAGCUUUUGGCAGCACAUUGCAUUGUCAGCCACCAGCAUAUGAUUCCAGAGAACGCGUUAGAGGAGAUGACAAAGAACAUGGACCCCAACCUGGUGAUUGUGGAGGGGAAGGAGGGUGUUCAGAUGAAGUUGUCCCAAUUUCCUGCUCUUGAGCUAGACAAAUUCUUGGAGGAUGUCAGGAAUGGCAUCUACCCUUUGACCGCCUUUGGGAUUCCGUGUCCUCAACAACCUCAGCAGGAGGCGGUCAAGUCGCCCAUUGUGCCGCCCUCCGUCAAGACCCCCACUCCGGAACCCGCGGAACUCGAGACCAGAAAGGUGCUUCAGAUGCAAUGCAACAUCGAGCCCGUGGACGAAGGCGCCAAGCAUCACCUAACUUUACUGCUCAAACUUGAGGAUAAACUCAACCGACACUUGAGCUGCGAUCUGUUACCAAAUGAGAACGUCCAAGAGUUGGCUGUGGAGCUCGUUCAACUCGGCUUCAUCAGCGAGGGCGAUCAGCCACGUCUCGCGUGCGUUCUCGAAGAGGCCUUCUCAAAGUUCUACAGCCGCAACGGUUCCCUCAACCCCGUGACGGUGUCCUCGUAGCCAAGGACCCCCCGCGGACCCUCCGCCCGCCCUCCUCCUCCCGGCGCCCAGAGGAGGAAAGCCUUGCUCUCGACUGCGUCCCCCCUUGCAGUCUUUGUAUGUUCUAGUGGGACAAAGCUGCCACUAAGUGGUUCUUUCUCUCUCUCUCUUUAUUUGUAUUUUAUUUUGUUCUUCUUCCCAACCAGUUCAACCAUCAGCCUCAAUUAGAAGGAAAAAUAAAUCACACACAGGCUUGUUUCUUUCGUUAAGUCUUGAAAUGUUUAACUGCGAAAAAGCAGUGUAUUUUCCUCAAGUCAGUAUUAAAAUAGUAUUUUUAACAUUUUUACAGUUCUAUAGCAGUCUUCUGCCCACAGCCUACUGAAGUGUUGUCAGGUCUGCUUAUCGGCUACUUUUUAAAACCCCGGAUGGGCCGCUUUCCCAUCAAACUUGAAUCAGAGAAAAUGUCGAAAAUCCAAACUAUUUAUUUAUGUGUGUGUGUAAUUCACUCAGCACUAUUGUGGCGGUUGCUUGUUCUGAAUGUAGAAUUCUACUCACCCCUAAAACCGAUCUGGAAAUAAAGCCUACAAAUAUUAAACCCGCCAUGUUUAUAAUCUAUAAAAUACUGGCGUUAUCAUUCUUCACAAAUAUAGUUUGGCCCCACUGCUGCUGUUUGAAUCACGCUGUUACUUUGUACACAUGCUCAUUGACUCUUGAUCAAGUCUGUGAAGGUGGCAUUUUACAUGACUGGCUGCUUUCCAUCAAUGUGAACACGUUUUAUUUUUUAUAUAUAUGAAUAUAUAUACUUGCGUCUGCUCUGUAUGUGCUUUGCUAGUCGACGGGAAUAACAACAAGAGCAAAGUCUGUAAACUAUUUCAAAUGUCUGUGGCUGUGAAUAGUUGGCUUGUUCAAAAGCAGCACAGUUUGCACUUUUCUCUUCACUUGGUUUGUUACUUUGAGUGAAAAUGUCCCGCAGCCUCUCAAAAAAAAUUACCCAAAAGGCCAUCGGGGAACAUUUGUGUUGCCUUUGCUGCGACUGUCUCACAGGGUGUGUACAGACUGGGCGUGUGCUUGACACUCAAUGCUCUUUCUGCUAUCUAUUGGUUUGCCCCAUUUUUUUCACUUCCUGAAAAUAAAAAAUAUCACUAAUCAGCAAUGUGAGUGUUUGAAUGCAGACAACCCACACAAAUGGCUCUUCAGGGAAGGGGUAUAAAAACUUUUUUUCGCUGAGUUGUCAGAAAAAUUGGAGGUUUCAAGGCCAAUCCUUCCACUUUUAUUUGAUAACGCACCAGUUUCGUCAUAUCAAAUGGCACAAAUACAGUGCCUUGCAAAAGUAUUCGGCCCCCUUGAACCUUGCAACCUUUCGCCACAUUUCAGGCUUCAAAC